AUGGCUAAAGGGUUACGUGAACAUGAAAUUUUUGAUUUAUUGUGUGAUGGUAAUAUAUCAGAAUUAGAUUUUUCGGACGAAGAAACGGAAGAUCAGUUCGAUAAUGAAGAACUGCAACAAUUAUUAAAUGAUUUUGAACAAUGGGAUGACCAAGACGAGCUGGAUGAAACAGAAAAUAAAUUUAUAAAAGUUCGUCCUUUAUACGACGCAAUUAAUAAAAAAUGUAAUAGUUUGCCGGUAGAACGAAGGUUAAGUGUCGAUGAACAAAUGGUUCCCUAUAAAGGACAUUUGCAAAUGAAGCAAUAUGUAAAAGGUAAACCCUGCCCAUGGGGUAUAAAAGCAUUUUUACUAUGUGGUGAAAGUGGUAUGGUUUACAAUAUACUGCUUUAUCAAGGGGCUACCACUGAACUAGAUACAAGUACACAAAAAAAAUUUGGUCUAGGCGCUAGUUUGCAAGCCAACCAAAUAUACUCUGUUGGUACUAUUCGUACUAAUAGAUUCGCAGAUCCACCCUUAUUAACCGAUAAACAAUUAGCCAAAAUGGGGAGAGGUACAGCCUUUGAAAUUUCAACUAAGAUGGAGAAUUGCAAUUUAUGUAUGGUGAAAUGGUAUGAUACAAGGUCUGUUACCUUAGUUUCCAAUUAUAUAGGAUCCGGACAAAUGGACACUGUAAGACGUUGGGAUAAAAAAUUAAAAAUGUACGUCAAUAUUGAAAGGCCGGAAAUAAUAACAGCAUACAAUACAUCAAUGGGUGGUGUCGAUAAGGUAGACCAACUCAUCAGUUAUUAUAGAACAUUUAUAAGUUCAAAAAAAUGGACACUACGAAUGAUUGUACAUGCUUUCGAUCUAAUAGUUGUUAACUGUUGGAUACAAUAUAAAAAAGACGCUGACCAUUAUAACGUAAAUAAAAAUAAAAUAAAAGAUCUGCUACAUUUCCGAAUGGCACUUGCGGAAAAUCUCAUAAAAGUAGGCCAAAAUGUACCAAUAAAACGUAGGGGAAGACCUCGUGCAGACACAGGAGAUAAUAAUGAAGUUUCAACGAUACCCAAAGUACGAAAAGUCGAUUCUAGUCAGCCAACAGAUGAUGUGCGAAAAGAUAAAUUUGAUCAUUUUCCUGAGUUUGAUACAAAAGGCCACACUUCGAGAUGCAAAAAUCCUGGAUGUAAAAGAAAAACGCACAUAUUUUGCAUAAAAUGUAAUAUCCACUUAUGUCUUGAUGGUACAAGUAAUUGUUUUUAUAAUUUUCAUCAGUAA